AAUGCCCUCCUCCCACUCCCACUCCCCAUGCGCAUAGAGGGAGGGAGGGAGAGAGAGAGAGAGAGAGGGGAUAAGGGAGAAGCGUCUGCUCUUCCAAAAAUCUUGGAGGCUGUUUUCGGGAACGAAUUAUACCCCGAUACCGGCACAUAUCGGGUGCUACAUAGAAAAGGGCAAUGGCGAUGCAGAGGCUUUUCUUGAGACGGCUGUCGUCCGUGGCACGAAACAGGGGUUUGUCUCGACUGGCCGAGGCCGAGACACUCCCUCGCGAGGAGAAUGCCGUCGUCCUUCCCAAAAUUCCCCCCUUCGACUACUCCCCUCCGCCGUACACCGGCCCGCGGACGGCCGAGAUCCUUCGGAAGCGGUCCGAGUUCCUCAGCCCCUCCUUGUUCUACUUCUACAAGAAACCCUUGAAUAUAGUUGAUGGUAAGAUGCAAUAUUUGUUUGAUGAGGAUGGGCAUCGCUAUCUUGAUGCAUUUGGUGGGAUUGCUACUGUUUGUUGUGGCCACUGCCACCCUGAAGUUAUUGAGGCCAUAAUUAAUCAGACAAAACGGUUGCAACAUUCUACUGUUGUAUAUCUAAACCAUGCUAUUGCAGAUUUUGCUGAGGAAUUAGCCUCAAAGUUUCCCGGUGAUCUCAAGGUUGUUUUCUUUACAAAUUCUGGCACGGAAGCAAAUGAGCUGGCAUUGAUGAUUGCCCGGCUUUAUACCAGUUGUCAUGAUAUUAUAUCACUCAGAAAUGCAUACCAUGGGAAUGCGGCUGGAACAAUGGGUGCAACUGCUCAAUGUAACUGGAAAUUUAAUGUUAUUCAGAGUGGAGUGCACCAUGCUCUGAAUCCAGAUCAAUACAGAGGUGUUUUUGGUUCGGAUGGAGAAAAAUAUGCAAAAGAUGUUCAAGAAAUCAUCGAAUAUGGGACUUCUGGGCAAGUUGCUGGUUUCAUUUCAGAAGCCAUACAAGGAGUCGGUGGAAUACUGGAAUUAGCACCAGGUUACCUGCCCGCUGUGUAUAAGAUUAUAAAAAAGGCUGGGGGCCUCUGUAUAGCAGAUGAGGUCCAGUCAGGAUUUGCACGAACAGGAAGCCAUUUCUGGGGAUUUGAGGCUCAUGGUGUUGUGCCUGAUAUAGUAACAAUGGCAAAGGGUAUUGGAAACGGGAUACCUAUUGGAGCAGUUGUUACUACUCCAGAAAUUGCUCAGGUCUUGACCCGCAGAAGCUAUUUCAAUACCUUUGGCGGUAAUCCUGUCUGCACUGCUGGAGGUCAUGCUGUUCUUAAGGUGCUUGAGAAAGAAAAGCUCCAAGAAAAUGCACAUGUUGUGGGAUCUUACUUGAAAGAUCGACUCAAGGCCGUCCAGGAAAAGCAUGAAAUUAUUGGUGAUGUGAGGGGCAGAGGCUUGAUGCUUGGAGUUGAGCUAGUUACUGACCGUCAACAGAAAACUCCAGCCAAAGCUGAAAUUUUGCAUGUCAUGAACUUGAUGAAAGAUAUGGGUGUAUUGGUGGGGAAAGGUGGCUUUUAUGGGAAUGUAUUCAGAAUAACGCCUCCUCUCUGCUUUACCAAGGAAGAUUCUGAUUUCUUCGUUGACGUAAUGGACACUGCAUUGUCAAAGCUGUGAAGCCUGAUCUGAUGCUCUUGAAACUGAAUGGAGUUGUAGUUAUCUAUCCAUCUAGCUUUGUAUAUCCCUCCUGGGGGGGGGAUCCUUUUUCUUGUGAACAGUAAGAGCUGUUUUCUCGUAAGGAGCUGAUGAUGGGGCACCACCGCUGUGGGGGUUUCCUGCUAGUAAUAAAUAAGAGCUUGGAGCUGAUGGUGAGACACCACCUCGUUGUCUCUCGCUCUCUUUAGCUAUCUUCCCCGUAAGAAUGAAUGGUUUGCUAUUGAAAUAUUUGCUUUUGUAUGGUACAUCGUUUAAUGGUAAUAAUAAAUAAAAUGGCUCGUAUUACCUAUCAA